CUAGAGUCCGAUUGCAUUUUUUACAGCGUACGGUACAGUACAUACGGUACUGGAAGGUUUCUUGGUUGUGAAUCCAAAAUCAAGAGUGUGAUAUCAAGAUGAAAAUUCAAGGUGCUGUUGCUCUUAUUACUGGUGCUGCUGAAGGACUCGGCAAGGCCUUUUCAGAGGAAUUACUCAAGAGGAGUGCUAGAGGAGUCAGUAUCGUCGAUUACAAUUCUGCAAAGGGAAAGGCCACAGAAGAUGAACUCAACAAGAAAUACGGGGAGGAUAAAGUCCGCUUCUUUCAAUGUGAUGUUACUUCAAAGGACCAGUUAGAAGAUGCCUUUUCAAAGACCCUUGAGCAUUAUAAGGGCAUAGACAUUGUCUGCAACAAUGCUGGAAUAGGAGAUGAGAUCAACUGGGAGAGAACUGUUGAUGUAGACUUGGUAGCUGUCAUGAGAGGCACCUUUCUUGCCAGGCAGAUGAUGGAUAAGAAAAACGGAGGGAGAGGAGGUAUUGUUAUCAACAUUGCAUCCAUGGCUGGCAUGUUGCCCAUGCCCUUGGCACCUGCAUAUACUGCUGCUAAACAUGGUGUACUAGGAUUCACAAGAGCUAUUGCGAUUGGAGACCGAGUGUUCAACCCUAAGAACGUUAGAAUAAACUGCCUUUGCCCAAGCUUCAGUGAGACAGCGAUACUGGAAGGAAUGAGAGAGUUGAUCAAGCAUCCCGUAGCAAAGGCCAUAUAUGGUUCAGAACUAGAAACUAUUCCAGUUUCAAUGGUAGCUGAGGGUUUCAUCCAGCUCGUGGAAGAUGACAGCAAACACGGAGAAGUGAUGAGAUGUACUCCUCAGAAUGGGAUCGAUUACAAAAAGUACAGAGACUGGGUCCCAAGCAAGCUCUAAUACUGUGUUUACACCUAUAAUGGUGCAGAAAUUAUUAAAGCUUCUCUGUAAAUGAAUUCGCAAAUCAGGUAAUAUGUAAUACCUCUGAGGAAAUUGUGUUCAGGUGUACCCAAGAAGUGAAGUAGUCUCACUCUAGGGGCCCGUUUCAUAAAGGACUUACAACUGUUGUUACCAUGUUAUUAUGGCAACUACCAUGGCAACAAGGCUCAGCACUCAAUCAGAAUCAAGGUUACCAUGGUAGUUGGCAUAAUGACAAAGGCACAACAGUUGUAAAUCUUUAUGAAACGGGCCCCAGGUCUGCAUGAAACAUUGCACUCAAUAUUUAACUUACAGCAAUAUAUUGACAAUUCAAAGAUUUUUAUGCGAGAUCACUUUAUCCUGGGUUUUCACUGUUUUAUGAUUGCUUAUUACCUCAAAACAUUCUAAAGAAUAUAAUCCAUAAUUCAUGAAAACUGUCUUUGACUUUUCUCAAUUGUCGUGUGAUUAUGAUACCAAAAAUUAUGAAAAUAAGUUUUUAUAGGAUGUGUCUGUAUUAGUCAAUGUUUAGUGUCCUACAACUUCCAAGAUAGUGUAUGGGAAAAUCCAUUCCAAAGAUUGAAUGUCUGUAUGCUAGCUAUACUCUUUGAUUUUUCCCAUUCUGAUUAUGAUUGCAUUUUUUAUAUACAUUUUAGGGUAUAUGUUCAUCUGUCAGGCGAUCUGAAUGAAUAUCAGACUUGUCAUUUAUUCAUUUAUUAGACACCUACCAAUAUUGUAGAUUGCAAUUUUACUGCUCUGAAAAUUAAACCUUAUGAAAUAUUAUGAAUAUUAGUGGUGCUAAAGUUAUUGAACCCCACCAGAAAGUGAACAUAUUUAAAGUGUUAAGUUCUGCCAUCUUUUAGAUAUUUAGUUAAGAAAUCAGGGGAGAAAAUAUUCAAUAAAGUUUGUUUCUCUGGGCCCGCCGAACAUUGUAGCGUUGUUGUCUACAUUCAACACUUGGCACGAAGGAGUGCAAUUUCUGGUUGGGUUCCCUAACUUUUCAGCACCAAUGCUGUAUAUGGUUAUGUUUGUAGCUGGGCAUUAUAACAUUUAUGAUCAUUAUACAGUAUAUUAAAUUGUAUUAUUAACUUUGCACUAAUUUCAUUAAUUCUUUUUUUAUAUUUUUAUUAUAUGUUUCCUUCAUUUUACUUUACAGCUGAUUUCUGUUGAUGCCAUCUAAAUAUGCAUAAUUGAGCAAAUCCCCUGUAAACGUCAUUCUUAAGACCAAUAUUUUAUUUACACUAGGCGCUAGAAGUUUGAUCUCUGAUUAUGCCAAAUAUUAUAUAACUUGCUCAUAGUAAAUUUUCAACUUGCCUAAAAUGUAAAUGCAUUUCAGUGUUGUCCAAAGAGGUGUAAAGCAAAUGUUUUAUUAAUAAGUUCGUCAUAGAGAAUAAUGCUUAUGAAUAUUGACCACAUAUUUCUUAGGUUUAUCCACUUUGCCAAAUAUUAUUUUUCAACUGCUUUCAAUUGCUGUUCUUGGUCGCAAGUAGAUUAAUAACAACUUCAAGUUGUUAUAAUUUUGUUAAGAGUAUUUUUACAAGAAUUAAGGAGCUUACCUAGGUUUUAUUUCCAUAUUAAUUUAAGUAUUGCCAAAACAUAAAGAACUUAAUGCUUGCAUAUCACUGAUAUAUAUAUAUUUAAGAGUAUUUUCAAAGCUCUUGUGAUUUGACAUUGCUGAGAAAGCACAGGAUGGUACUACCUGAUAUUUCA